AUGUACGAUUAUUUAAAACAGUUUUCAUACUCAUUAGAUAUCAAGGUCAUAUUUGUUAAGCGCUUCGUCCGAGAUCAAGUGAAUCGGACCUUCACAACUAUUGUUUCCUUUAUCACCUUUUUGGAAUUUUUCCAAUCAUCCUUCUCUAACCUUACUUACUUAGAAAAUAAGAUCUUCAAAGAUGCAGACAAUUUAGAUCUACCAACAUUUUUAAAUAUGUCAACAAUGAUAUGUGAAUUUUUUGGUUUAUGGGAUUCAAAAUUUGCUAUGUUACGAAAUGAUGUCGAAGGGAAUAUAAAAAAAGUGUCACGUGCUGCAAACAAUCUUCAUGUAAACACUGUGUAUGAAUUAUUAUCCAAUGAAAUAAAUCGUGAUGAUUCUUCUGGAUCAAUUGGUUUAUUAUGGUUAAAGAGAACAUUUCAAUUUGUCAUUUGUUUACUACAUCAUUUUUCAAGAUCAAAAAGUAAUGAACUAAUGCGUGAUAUCAUUGUACGAGCUUAUGAUGAAACAUUGAGAAAUUAUCAUAAUCGAUUAAUGAGUCAUGUAUUUCGUUUUGUUUUACGUGCUGUUCCUAAACGUUCUGUAUUUAUCAAGAAACUAGGACUGGAUCAAGAUGUUUGUGAAUUACUUGUACUCAGAGAGGCAGGAGAAUUUGCAGCGCAAAUAGAACCACACAUCCAGUCGUUAAAUCAAAUGUUAAUUCGAUUUAAUAUAGAAAGUCCUGUGAAUAGUUAA